AGGAAACGUGUCCUUUCAUCCUCACUGUUGUUCAUUCUGGGGUACCGAACACCCGCUAGCUAUUGUUUUAGUUCCUUCACAGUUUCUAGAAUUCCUUGCUGAUCCAAAGUGAGGGGUUAAGAGUGUCAGGAACUUGACAUCGGCGCACGCCACGUGAAGUUGUACCUGAACAGCACGCUCGUAUUUGAGGGCGAGCUAGAGCGUGGUUGCGGCAACCAAAUUUUCGACUACAGCACCACCGUGGAGCUCCAGGACUUCCAGACAGAAUCCUUAUUUUCCAGCCCUUCCUCUUCAGGGUACAACCUCCGGGGGGCCACCCCCCAUCGCCACGAUGACGGUACAGUGCACCAGCACCUCAGUUCCACUCUGCCGGCGUCAGAUGCAUCCGACCAGGCUAUGACGGACACUCAGGAAAGCUCUCGGGCUCCCCUUCCUCCCCUUUCCGCUCGGCGUUCCUUCGAAGAGCACGUGCCGGCGACGACUGUCACUGUGCAGCCGUCGUCCUCGAGGAUGACCCCACAGUGGCUGCAGCCCUUGAAGCGAGCCGCCCCCGAGGGCUGCGAGGCCGGUCGCGAGCGACCGCGCUGGCUCGUGCCUCAGCAGCCCCCCGCUGAGGCAAAAUCGUUGCUUCCGGAGCUGCCGUGUAACCCUGGUCGGGUGUGCAGGGGCGGAGAGCGGGCAGCCAACGGGGCGCAGCGGAAAGCAGAUUCUCUAGACCUGGACUGUGACCUGCUGGACGAGCUUGGGGAGCAAAAGCACGAGAGGCCGUUUAGCGGACGGAGGAGCUCCUUGAGAAAUAGGUUGACGGAGGAGCAACACAAGUCAAACACAGAAGCCAACGCCAGCAGGAGGCAGCGGACCCCGCGACCCCUGGGCCACAGCCACCGGGACGACACCCUAAUGGAAUCGUGGGACUCCCUCACCAAGUUCAACCAGUGCCAACGCGGUCGCAUCUCUAACACGGGCUUGGACGGGGAGGUCUUUGAGGACUUCCAGCAACAACACGGCCGGGGCUCCCCGGCCGCCCCCGUCAACCUCUCCGCUGCGGCCGCCCGCCCAUCUUCGAACUUUCCCGCCACCCGAGGGUUUCCGGGCGACGGCCCUGACGGGGAUUGCUUUCCGGAGCAGGAGGAAGAGUUUGAGAUCCCGGUGCUCCCCAAAGGCCAACGCUUGGUCAUCAACAUUCUCUCCACUUGGGGGGACCGGCACUACGUGGGCCUCAACGGCCUAGAAGUCUUCAGCUCCAGUGGCGAGCCCCUCCGACCGGCUCGCAUCAACGCCGACCCACCCGACAUUAACAUACUCCCGGCGUACGGCAAGGACCCCCGCGUGGUGACCAACCUGACCGACGGCGUUCACCGCACGCAGGAUGACAUGCACCUGUGGCUCGCCCCAUUCACACCUGGUCGGCGCCACACUGUUUUCCUGGACUUUGGACACGCCCAUCAGAUUGCCAUGAUCCGGGUGUGGAAUUACAACAAGUCGCGCAUCCACUCUUUCCGGGGCGUGAAGGAGGUGGAGAUGCUGCUCGACGGGAGGUGCAUCUUCCGGGGCGAGAUCGCCAAGGCUUCUGGGACUCUUUCGGGAGGAUUGGAUCAAUUCGGAGACACAAUUUUGUUCACGACUGAUGACGACAUCCUUGAGGCCAUGUCCCGUUAUGAUGAAACAUUCCUUGGUGAGAGUGAAACGUCAGACAAUCCGGUACACGAAGAGGAGCUGCGUCGACCGCGAACUGCCGACGGCGAGGGCGAAGAACGACCUUUUACGCAGGCCGGCUUCCGAGAGGAGGACCUCGCUGCGAAACUUCAACUCAACGUCAACGUAAGCCAGUUGGAAAACACAGAGCAAAUUCCUGGGAUGUACACCGGAAAGUGCCUUCGUUUGGAGCUAGUGUCGACAUGGGGAGACUCCCACUACGUAGGCCUGACGGGACUGGAAGUAGUCGGGAAAGAUGGGGACGGUUUACCCUUGGAUCUCAGUAUCGUGGCCGCCUCACCCGAGGAUCUCAACGAGCUUCCAGAAUACAGACAUGACUGGCGUACCCUCGACAAGCUUAUCGAUGGCCACAACAUCACCACGGAUGACCACCACAUGUGGCUGAUCCCUUUCUCCUAUGGAGAACCUCAUACGGUGACCAUCACCUUCCCUCAGGCGCAGACCAUCGCCGGGCUUCGCAUAUGGAACUACAACAAGUCGCCUGAGGACUCGUACAGAGGGGUAAAGGUAAUCCAUGUAAUACUUGACGACAUCGCCAUUUCGCCAGUUGAGGGCUUCCUUAUCAGGAAAGGACCAGGAAACUGUCAUUUUGACUUUGCGCAAGAGAUCCUAUUUGUGGACUAUCUUCAGAUAUCCGUUGAAAACAAGACAUUGGAAGAGUACCCAAACAAGCGAAGUGCCAAGAAAGCAGAACAAGCCAGCAUGGACUAUGAAGCUCCCAUCAUGCCUUGUGGAUUCAUCUUCCAGCUACAACUGUUAACCACCUGGGGAGACCCGUACUACAUUGGCCUGAAUGGUCUUGAGUUCUACAACCAGAAUCAUGAGAAGAUCACCCUCAGCGAUAAUAACAUCGCCGCUUUCCCAGACAGCGUUAACGUCCUGGACAACGUGAGUGGUGACGUGAGGACUCCAGAUAAAUUAAUAGAUGGUGUCAACAGCACUCAGGAUGGAAGACACAUGUGGCUUGCGCCUGUGCUACCUGGACUAGUGAAUCGUGUUUAUGUCAUCUUUGACCAGCCAGUGACCGUGUCCAUGAUUAAGCUUUGGAAUUACUCCAAGACCCCGCUGAGAGGAGUUAAAGAAUUUGGGCUGCUUGUGGAUGACCUCCUAGUGUACAACGGCAUUUUGGACAGUGUGAACCAUGUGAGCCGCGGCAUUCUUCCCACGUGCGACGUGGCGGUGCCAUAUCACACCAUCCUCUUCACCGACAACGCCUAUAUCGCGCAUCGCGAAAGGAACACUGUCAUCAGCCCCCAUGGCAGCAGACGCCAACAGCAUAAUUAUGUGGAAGACCAGGAUGUGAAGAUGACCAAUGAGAAUCAGAUCGUCCAUCACAACAAAAAGAAGCAGGCAGCGGACCCAGCUCUUCGGCCCAAAACCUGUAUGACUGACGUGGGAAAACCGGGACAGAGGAGAUACUGACUUGUAGCUGGACUUUUUCACCUCCAUUGGCUGAAAUCUGCCUUCUCCAUGAUUGUGAUCUGCAUGAACCACACUGAAGAGGGCACGUUUUGCACUGUUCACAGCGGGUUUGCCACACGCACACAAACGCACCCGUACUCAACUUUCUAGUUGGUUUCAGGCUAAAUGAACCUGCUGGGCUUCUUCUUACUGUGCCUGUACUCUGCCAGUGCCGUGUAAAUAUAACAGCAUAAUAAAUAGCCAGUCCACUUUCACAAGUACUUAACUUAUUGAUCAUUUAAUCCACUGAUAGUACUUUGUUAACUUAUUCAUCAGUUAAUCCACUGAUAGUCCUUCACCUAACUAAAUGUAAUGCAAUGCACAUACUUAUCAGUAGCUAGCAGUCAUUUAUUCAUGUUGGCUAAUGUGUCUGAGAGCUUUUUGUAUUGAUUUUUUUAAUAUGUACAUUAUUCAUUAGCUGCUAUUGAUGGCGAUAGGGGCUCGAUCCAUUUGCUGCCAGCCGUCCCAGUCUAAAAGGAUCGAGCGCCUAUCGCCGUCAAUGCUAGCUAACACUUCAAAGUAAAACCUAUUUCCUCAUAUAGUGGUUUUUCCCCCAGUUUCCUCCAAAAACUUAAUAACAGCCACUAUUUGAGGAAAUAGGCUAAAAUUGGCUUUGUAGGGUAUUUUGCCAAAAGCAAGCUUAAUCAACAUUAUAUACAAAACUAGUUAAAAUCCAAGUGACCUUUACUAAAGUCGCGAUCCGAAGCUUUACCGUUUGAAUAAUAUGCAAACACGACUAACGUUUACCUCAAAAUUUCGAGAUCAGCGAUCUCGCAACGGGACGCGCUCACUUUUUUCGUAGUUUGCGUCGCACCAUGCGUUCCGAUUCUUCAUUUGCAUAAAUAAGCCACAAGAUGAAUGACUGAUGUCAGUUGCACUUGUGCAGAUUUUAUUUCAGUAUGUGAUGUCAAUUAUAACUCAGCAUGGGGUGAGAAUUAUUGUAUGCGUGGUAUUUAGUGUUUUGGAAAAAAAAUAUUUAUUUUUUUAAUAUUGAUUGAUGCUGUAUAUUAAUUGUAGGCUUAUUUCAAAGGCAAAUAAAAAAUGUAGGUAUGUGUA